AUGUCCGUUAGCUAUAGCCUCGACUUGGAGAUCGACCAAACGCUAGUUGUAUCGUGUCCGGUGACCAUCGGGUCUAUUCCAUUGUUAGGAGAGUUAUUGAACCAUACAAAGGCUAGAAAUGGUAAAAGUAACCUCCGCGAUUCUCCUCCAAAGAAGGACUCCCCAACCACCGACAGUUGUGUACAGGUAACGAUUACUGACGAAUCAGGUCAGACCAUUUGUGGUGAGCAAAUGAGUGAGGAAAUUGACGCACUGAUGUCCUCGCGGAAGCGAGUUCGCAUGCCAAGUUCAAUUCUUUCUGAACUCUAUCCCUCCAUGCCCAGUCCUUACUACAGGGAGUCAUGUUUUGGUCCUGUCGAUAUAUCGGAUGAAAGGGAAUGCGCGCAGUUCGGUGAAAAAAUGUUCGCUCCGAAGUAUCCAUUCUAUACUGAUUGA